UUGUCACGGCAAGGGCGUAGCAAUUUAGCGAUACGACCCAGAUACGAGUGGUCAACCAUUACUGCGACGAAAGAACCUCAAGCCCAUAAAGCUGUGCCCCAAGGUUUGAACUUCCAUGACUAUGUACAAUCCUCCCGAAUCACGAAACCAUGCGCUCCUUGCUGUUGCUGCCAGAUCCACGAGAUCACGAUGUUGAUCUCGUUCUAGGUUUCGUGUCUGCAAAGUUAACGGAGCUACCAGAACGCUAUACACCCUGGUGCAAACUCGCCUCGGAUCUGCCACAUCUGCUUCAGGCUAAGACCCUCCAAGCGCAGGUUGACAGUCUCGAGAUCCUCGCCACUGACCACCUCACGACCCCUGCGCACUGGCAACGUGCAUAUGUUGUCCUUGGGUUUUUGACCCAAGCCUACCUGUGGCAGGAGAAAAGCAGACCCUCGACCGUCAUCCCCGCAAGCCUCGCCGAGCCCUUUCUCGAUGUCUGUAAUUAUCUCGGGAUGAGACCCGUCCUUAGCUAUGCUGGACUCUGUCUCUGGAACUGGGCUCAAAGAGACCAAGAUACACAGUUGCACCCGUCGCAGGCUCUGGCCAACUUUCAGGACAUCAAGUCGUUUGCUUCUUUUACACGCACAAGGGACGAAGAUGCGUUUAAUCUCGUGCCAGUCAUGGUCGAGGUCCAGGGUGCCAAGCUCAUCAAGUUGAUGCUCGAUACAAUAGGCGCAGAUCAAAAUGGCGAAUUAGGAGAUUUGGCGUCGAUCUUGAAUAUCUGUGCCACAACGCUGACGGCCAUGGGGGAAACCCUGUCUGUCUUACACCAGAAUUGUGAGCCAAUGUUCUUCUUUCAAGAGAUACGCCCAAUGCUCGGAGGUAGCGCGGGCGCAGAAGAAAGAGGUCUAUCAAAUGGCGUUGCCCUUGAACGAAGCGACGGAUCUCGAGUCGUCGUCAAGUGCGCCGGGGGCAGUGCAGGACAGAGCUCUCUCUUUCAGCUUCUCGAUCACAUGUUUGGCGUUCGACACGAAUCCAAAAUGCUGCUUGAGAUGAGGGCGUAUAUGCCAAAGAAGCACAGGGACUUUCUCGAAGCAGUCGAACGAUUGCCUUCGUUACGGGAUAUUAUCGAGCGACGCCCGGAAGACAAAAACUUACGGUGUGCCUUUCAGAGUGUCAUCGAUGCGUUCCAGAAAUGGAGAACGAAGCAUGUCAUCAUCGUGUCGAGGUUUAUUGUCCAACCUGCAGCAGUCGAGGCGAAGGACAGUGCCGCCACCCCGCAAAGAGGCACAGGAGGGUCGCUACCGAUCCCAUUCUUGAAACAAAAUAGGGACGAGACGGUCGUUGUGCCUCAACAUUGAUAGAACCUCCUUUCCCGUUAGGUGGAUGGGUUCUGGACGGAGAAUUCCUGCGGAAGUCUAGUCGACGGACUUAAGCUCAGUAGCGACAGCACGAGGAUGGACGAUUCGCUCCCUUAUUUAUUGACGGAGAUAGCUAGCCGAUGUCAAAAACAAGUGGCACAGUCUGACGAGAAAUAGCACAGAGAAGUGGUUCACUAUUGACUUGAAUGUAA